GGUGGGCCUGGAGGGUUUUUUUGCUGGCCGCUACCGACCUCGGAUAAAGGAGGACCCAUCAUGGCCAAAUGGUUUAAGGAUUACCUCAGUUUUGGGAGCAGGAGGUCUCCCCCACAGCCCCCCAAGCCCGAUUACACCGAGAGCGACAUCCUAAAGGCCUAUCGUGCCCAGAAGAGCUUAGACUUCGAGGAUCCGUACGAAGACGGGGACGGCAAAACUGAUCCGGACAUCGGAGGCACGCCAAAUAAAGGGUGCGGCGGCUGCAGCGGCAAUUUGGAAGGGAAAUACGGGUCGCCCAAACACCGGCUCAUCAAAGUGGAUGCCUCCGAUCUUAACCGGAGCAAGGCCCUCCUCGCCACGGCAGGCGAGGACUCGGCCGUCCCAUCAGAUCAGGUAAAAUGCGGUUUCUAG